AUGCCCCGCUUUAAUCGACGGGAGCAGCUCACGCUCCAUAUCAAGCGCGUUAUUUGCGCGCACCACGUCCACAACCCCCGCCUGCGUCAUGUUGACCUGGCGAGGUGGUGCUACACGCAGUACGGAUUGCGCCCGGAUCGCUCCACUGUCGGCCGCAUAUUGAAGCUCGCCGAGCGAUGGGCUGUCACGACAACCGGCGACAACCAAGUGCGCCGUCGAGGUGGCGCAUGGCCUGAGCUGGAGCAGGCCAUGGCGCGGUGGAUCGCAAACGCAGGGCCCGCUGGCGUGCCUCUGACGCUGCAGACCAUCCGCGACCAUGUCGCGACGAUGUCCCGGAACAUGGGCAUUCCGCCCUCAUUCCGCUGCUCCAUCGGCUGGGUGCGCCGUGCUUUGAGGUGCCAGGGAGUGAGGUGCCGUGCAGCACAAGGCGAGGCAGCUAGCGCGGACAUGGCCGCCGUGCGCCACGCAUGUGAGAAGCUGCCGCAACUCCUCACGCAUCUCGGUGUCACCCCGCGGGACACUUUCAGCCUUGAUGAGACGGCGCUCUGGCUGUCAGUCCUCCCUCGGCGCACUUACAGCAACGGCCGCAUUCCCGGCCGCAAAUUAUUCACACAUUUCAUAUCGCAGCUCAAUGCUGCGAUGUACGCCGAAGGUCGCAAGAUCGUGUUGCUGCUCGACAACGCGAGCAGCCACAUGCUCCGCUCUGAGCUCGCAUGGAGCGAGAUCGUCUGCGGCAUGCAGACGACCUGCAUGAGCAACGUCCGGCUCGUCUUCCUGCCGCCGAAUACCACCGCAUUCACACAGCCGCUUGAUCAAGGCAUCAUAGCCACCGUAAAGGCCCACUACCGACAGCAUUGGCUGCGGGCCUUCUCGGCUUUGUGGAACGGCGACGGCGCGACUUCCGCCGUCGCACGUUUCCGCCCGAACUUGCGCGAUGUCCUCGCGUGGCUGUACACGACGAUGAGCCCUCCCCCCGCCGUCUACCCCGACAUCGAGCUCGACGACGACAUCGACGAUGUCGGGACGCUUAUUAGCGGGCUCGCCCUCGGGAAUGCGGCGAUGACGGCCGCAGAGUACGUCGCCAUCGACGACGACGAGCCAACGUGCGCCGAGGGCGCUGCGGGACAGCCCACGACUGAGCCGGAGGCGGGCCUAGAGGUGUAG